GCUCAGAUAUACCGAGUGAGCCCUGAGAAGCAGUCUCACAUCCUGACGGUGCAGCAGCCCGCAGCCUCAGCCAGAGAGUCCCAGCCGCUUUCAAUGGAGGAGAAGCCCAGCCAGCCACAGUCUCAGCAACAUCACAGCCACCACCAUCCGCACCAUCACCCCCAGCAGCAACAGCAGCAGCAGUCGCACCACCACCAUCAUUAUUAUUUCUACAACCACAGCCACAACCACCAUCACCACCACCAUCACCAGCAGCCUCACCAAUACCUGCAGCAUGGAGCCGAGGGCAGCCCCAAGGCCCAGCCAAAGCCGCUGAAACAUGAGCAGAAACACGCCCUCCAGCAGCACCAGGAAACGCCGAAGAAGAAAACAGGCUAUGGUGAACUAAAUGGUAAUGCUGGAGAAAGAGAAAUAUCUUUAAAGAACCUGGGUUCUGAUGAAGCCACCAACCCUAUUUCCAGGGUCCUCAAUGGCAACCAACAAGUUUUAGACACUAAUCUGAAGCAGACUGUAAAGUCCAGCACCUUUGGGAAAGCAGGAAUUAAAACCAGGAAUUUCAUUCAGAAAAACAGUAUGGACAAAAAGAAUGGGAAGUCUUAUGAAAAUAAAUGUGGAGAGAACCAAUCUGUAGACAAGACUGAUACCGUGGCAAUUCCAAAUGGUGUUGUAACAAAUAAUUCUGGCUAUAUUGCUAAUGGUUAUAUGGGCAGAGGAGCAGAUAAUGAUGGUAGUGGAUCUGAGAGCGGAUAUACCACUCCUAAAAAAAGGAAAGCUAGGCGCAAUAGUGCCAAGGGUUGUGAAAACCUUAAUUUAGUGCAGGACAAAAUAAUGCAACAAGAGACCAAUGUCCCAACCUUAAAACAGGGACUUGAAACUUUCAAGCCUGACUACAGUGAACAAAAGGGAAAUCGAGUAGAUGGUUCAAAGCCCAUUUGGAAGUAUGAAACUGGGCCUGGAGGAACAAGUCGAGGAAAACCUGCUGUGGGUGAUAUGCUGAGGAAAAGCUCUGAUAUUAAGCCUGGUGUGAGCAGCAAAAAGUUUGAUGAUCGGCCCAAAGGAAAGCAUACUUCUGCUGUUGCCUCCAAAGAGGACUCGUGGACCCUAUUUAAACCACCCCCAGUUUUUCCAGUCGACAAUAGCAGUGCUAAAAUAGUUCCUAAAAUAAGUUAUGCAAGCAAAGUUAAGGAAAACCUCAACAAAACUGUACAGAACUCUUCCGUGUCACCAUCUUCAUCUUCAUCCUCUUCGUCAUCUACUGGGGAAACUCAGACCCAAUCUUCAAGUCGAUUAUCCCAGGUCCCUAUGUCAGCGCUGAAAUCUGUUACUUCGGCCAGCUUCUCUAAUGGGCCAGUUUUAGCAGGGACUGAUGCAAGUGUGUAUUCUCCUGGGGGUCAGCCACUGCUAACUACUGCUGCUAAUACUCUAACACCCAUCUCUUCUGGGACUGAUUCAGUUCUCCAAGACAUGAGUCUGACUUCAGCAGCUGUUGAACAAAUUAAGUCCAGCCUUUUUAUCUACCCUUCAAAUAUGCAAACUGUGCUGUUGAGCACAGCACAAGUGGAUCUACCCUCUCAGACAGAUCAGCAAAACCUGGGGGAUAUCUUCCAGAAUCAGUGGGGUUUAUCAUUUAUCAAUGAGCCCAGUGCUGGCCCUGAGACUGUUAUUGGGAAAUCAUCAGAUCAUAAAGUGAUGGAGGUGACAUUUCAAGGGGAAUAUCCUGCCACUUUGGUUUCACAGGGUGCUGAAAUAAUCCCCUCAGGAACUGAGCAUCCUGUGUUUCCCAAGGCUUAUGAGCUGGAAAAACGGACUAGUCCUCAAGUUCUGGGUAGCAUUCUAAAAUCUGGGACUACUAGUGAGAGUGGAGCCUUAUCCUUGGAACCCAGUCAUAUAGGUGACCUGCAAAAAGCAGACACCAGUAGUCAAGGUGCUUUAGUGUUUCUCUCAAAGGACUAUGAGAUAGAAAAUCAAAAUCCUCUGGCGUCUCCUACGAACACUUUGUUAGGCUCCGCCAAAGAACAGAGAUACCAGAGAGGCCUAGAAAGGAAUGAUAGCUGGGGUUCUUUUGACCUGAGGGCUGCUAUUGUAUAUCACACUAAAGAAAUGGAAUCUGUUUGGAAUUUGCAGAAGCAAGAUCCCAAAAGGAUAAUCACUUACAAUGAAGCCAUGGAUAGUCCAGAUCAAUGAAGGACCAGACUGCCUAUUUGUAACCUUUCUGCAGCAUUAGAGCCACCGUUCAUGGGGGACACAAGGCUUUUAUGCUCCUAGAUCUUCAACGCAGCAGAGGAACCAUAAGUAGAAUCACAGGAUAAUAUAUACAAAUAUAUAUAUAUAUAUAUAUACAUAUAUAUAUAUAGUUAUUUAAAAAAAAAGGCACCUGAAAGUAAUUAGACUUCUUAAGGAAUCAAAUUUAUUUCAAGAGACUACACAUGGUUAUUUAAUCUCUGGUACUGAAUAGUUUUUUUUCUUUUUUCUUUUGUUAGUUUUCGUUUUUAAGUGUGAAUGCAAGUGAUUAAUGAAUAUGGACUUAUUAACAAGCGUGGUUCUAAAGUUCCUGCUGUCAUCAACUUGGGCAACAAAUGACCCACUGGAAAGGCAAAUCCACUUAAAAGAUCUCUGUAUCUUGUUCUGUGACUAAAGUGAUACACUAAUCACGGGGAACCCAGAAUGAUUCAACAUUUUCCCCCACUCCUCCCUUGAUCUUUUGGUUAUACUAUGAGCCCUGCGAGAAUGCUGGAUAAAAUGCCUUGAAGUUUGCAGGGGUGUAUUUUUUUAGCGAAUAUGAUUUGCAUGUCUUGCCAGGAGUUAAGCAGCCUCUGUGGGGUGUUGGGGAAAUAUUUUCUUUCUUUCCUUUUAUUUUUUUGUGGGGUGGGGAUAGGGGAGGGCAUUGAAGUUCUACAGUUCUGGAAUAGUUGGUGGUACAUAGUUCACUUGGCUUUGGUUACAUAUUGGACUUUAAUAAGUAAAGAAUCCAUGAGUGUCAUUUAAAGAAAAGUUACAGAACAAACAAUUGGCUUUAGAUAUUUAAUAUGGAAAAAUACUCCUGUGCCCAUAUUUUAAUGUAAUUGUGUAAGUGGGAGCAAAAAAUACAUUCUGCUUUUCAACUGUAGGUGCUCCGGACUUGCUCUCUGUCACUAACACUAAAUGUGCUGUUUUUCUUGUUUUUCAUCAAACAUCUGAAGAGAAACUUCUAUACCUUUCUGUAAAUUCUCUUUUAAUUUCUCAGAAAUAAUCUAAAGGGGGAAGAAAAAAGUCCAUGAAAACUAUGAAACUUCAUGUUUUUAGCCAGUGAGGAGGUAAUAAAUCCUGCCUAUAGAAGGUGUGUUUCCAUUCAGACUAUACUUCUGAGCUUAUUAGCUUCUAAUUAUAUCUUAAUAAAUAUAUUUUAAUACUAAAGCAAAUGGGUUUUUUAAAGAAAAUAAUGUGAAAUUCUGGAAAUUUUCUUUUGGGCAGAGAAGAGCAUUAGCCCUGUCUUAUCAUCACAUUACCAUCCUGUUGCACUGCAGCUUGUAUAUAGCAUGCUAAAAUAAAUUUUUUUGUGUGUGCAGAAACUAAGGGUCCAAUUUAAGAUUGGGUGGUGUUAGUGGCAUAAAAACAAGUUCUCUGGCCUGACAUAGCGUUGCGUCACACACACACAGAAAUUAGUAUAUCCAUGUAUGUCAAAUACAGGUUAAAAUAGCAGGGCAUUUAUAUAGAGAGAUGUAGUCUUCUAAUAAAAGUAGACUGGAUCCCCAGGGGUAUUUGGGGAGAAAGUAACUACUUUUGCUCAACCCUUUUGCUUAAGAAAUGUCCAGUUUUGAGCGACCGUAGUAUGGAUGACUUUUCUUGUUUUGUUGAUUAUUUGAGGCUUUUAACAAGUAGUUUGUGAAAGAAGCUGUUGGACUCAGCAUAGAGUAGAGAAAAUAUCUUUAUAGUCUGGAUUUCUGCCCUGCUUAGAUUUUAAAAGUAUAAGCAUGGAUUGCCAAUUCCACUUGAUGUAAACAAAACUUUUAUACAUAAUAUAUAUAUAUAUAAUAACUUAUUGUAUCAGUCCAGGUUCAGAAACUUGUGGUAGGCCAGUUCCAGAUAGUUUCAUUUCCCCUGUAAACUGUAUCACUUUUACAGAUAUUGUAAUUUUCAAAUGUAUAAUAUGUUUACAGAUGUGCCCUGCAUUUAGUUUGCCUUGUUCUAUUUUGAUUUUUGUUGAGUCUCCUGCCUGCUUGCCAAAAGCUAGGAUGCUUCAGGCCCAUGUACAAUUGAAAGCAGAGGCAUCCUUGAGCUUUAAAGCAUUGAACAAACUGGAAAAUGCAUCAUACCACAUACUGAAGUGAAAGAAGUCUGUGUUUUUGUGUUUUUUUUUUUAAAUAAAAAUUUUCAAAAGGUUAAAAAAAAGAGAUACAAGGUUGAUUAAAGGAAAAAAAAAAAGGCUCCAGUUUGUUUUACAGGUUUUAAAGUUCUGCUGUGUGUUCAAUUGCUUUGUGUAACCACUUGUCGCCUUAGGGCCAGAUUCUCUCCCUCUCCCCUUGUCACCCUCCUUUUUUUAAACAUCCAUUUUGCUUACCUGGAAUUUGAAAGCUCUUCUGUGUCACAACUCACAAGAAACUUUCUGGGUUUGUGAUAUACAGAGGUUGAAUGAAUAUAUAUUUUAAAAGGAAAAAACAAAAAACAGCCCGCAUCUGAAUUUUUAAUUUAGAAGCAACACUUACUUGAAAAUAUCUUUUGAAAGUUGUCAUUGCUUUCCUACUUCCCUUCCAUAUCCCUCAGGCCUCCAUGUUUAGAGAAGCCAAAAAGAGAAUGUACCCCCAUCUCUGUGUUUGUCCAAAGGUUUUUGAGUCUCACUUCUAAAUGAAACAAUGCAACAUUUCACUUUGAUUUCCCCACUGAAAUUUCCUUGAUUAUAUGGUUAGAGGUAUAGAGUUAGGGAUGUCUCUUAACCUUCUGGAACCCUAGUGCCCCGUCAUAUUAACUGUCAGUAUUUUGGGGGCAUUGGGUUAAUGGACUUACUUGCCUAGGUACAAGCAGGACUUUGAGACAUGUCUCCUUUGUGCUGUUUGGUAACACUUAACUCUACUUGUCGCAAUCUUUCUUAGGUCCUCACACAAUUCCUUACAGAGCACUUAUUAAAAAAAAAAAAUCUUAAGAGUUGAUGUUUUCUGAUUAUUUUGUGUAAGCUUCAGCUGUGAUUAAUUUAGCACAUUUAAAUAACAUUGAUGUGUUAUUGUUCGGUAUAAAGAAUUUUUCUUCAACUCAGAGUAUUAGUACUGUAGCAUAAACCAAAUACAGUCUAGAGGGGAUUUUUAACAUCCCUCCAUUAUAAAGACUGAAAAGGUAUGUGUCUGUGUGUGUUUGUUGAGUGCUUGUGUGUGUGAGAGAGAAGGAGAUAUUAAAAAUUAGUAAAUGAAUGUGUGUAAGACAUUAUAUUAGUAUUCAGAGAAUGAACUUGUAUUUAUUUUGUGCCAUUUGUUUUCAUUACACAGAAUAAAGUCAGGUGGUUUUAAUCCUUAAAAGGGUAGUAUUUGAAAAAUGGCACUAAGAAUGAAAUCAUGACCUAUUUUUUUAAUAGCUAUGAAGAUACUAAUUAAGGAUGAAGAUUUCUUUUUAAAUCUGUCUUGAUUGUAGGUGUCUGUGUCACAUACCACUCUCUUGUAGAUGUCUUGAAUAAUUCCCCUUCCCCACAAAAGACAGGGUGUAUUUAUCCUUCUCUUCAUUCACCCCACUUUGCUGAGCUGAAGUUAAUUCCAUAGCCUUUCCUCUGACUUCAGUAAUAAUGAGCUUUCACAUACAGUGUAUUUACAGCAUCUGUAGUUAGCCCUUCCUCCUCCUCUACUUUCUAGGAGGGGAUGGACAAGAACUAGGAAUUUGUUAAUGGCAGUUUGUUUUUCCUUAAAGUAAAUGGCUGGAGAGGUUUAGAAUUUUGCUGUUUUCCUUAAUCAUCUGCUUACCCUAAUCAUCACAGAAUCUGCAAAACCUUUAUAAAGGAAAAAAAGUGCUGCAUUGUUUUUUCAAAUAACAGUUUCUAGGGAAAAUAUGACAAACCUCAAUGAGUGUUGUCCACAGUACAAAAUGUGUUUCUUUCACAAAACAUUACAUAGCAGUGGUAGUUCCAUGCUUGGUUGUUAGGCUUGUUGCUAACCCAGUUGGAGGCAUCUAAUGGUUUAUUUUUUGCUGUAAACUUUUUUAGUGAAAUUGUAUGUCAUGUACCAAAUGGCCACAGUCAAGGAAAUUUAGAAGAGGACUUUGAUUUUAAAUUCCUCUAAAUAAGGAGGAAGUCAUUCUUUCAAGGCUUUCUUCCUCAAGUUCUAGAAGUAGAUUAAAAGUCCACACUUUCCAAGGAUUAUGAGAAUAGUUAUGCCACUGAGCCAUAUCCUCAAAUAACACAUGAUCCCUCUUGUAUACCUGUGCUAACUGUGUAAAACAGACACUAUAGUGGGAUAAAUACAUAUGAUCAGGUCUGUUAAUGCUGCACCAGUUGUAGAUUCUGAUCAGGCAGUGUCUUUUAAUAGUCCUACCCUUAAUUUUACUGUUGAAUUUUUAAAAGAAAGGGUAGAAUUUGCUCAGCUUUUUUCCCCAAAAAAUGUUGGUAUUUGUUUAAAGGGGAGGGGCAGAGGAUAAGACUAAAAGAAUAAUAGCUGCUUUAUGUUUGCAGAGAUGCAUUAGGUUAUCAUUAGUUCUUAAUAUUGAUGUUAUUUUCAUUAAUGUAAUUGACAGAGCACCAGGAUUCUUUUAUAGUGAGAAAGAUGGGCUUCUGCUUUAAGUAUCUUAAAAUGUUUCUUUUUAAAUAUACAUCAAUCUGUUCAGAUGUGUGAGAACCAGGACCACCCUGGGUUGAUUUAAAGAAUGAUGAAUCAUUGGCUUCACUCAAAAGCAAAAUUUCACUUCACUCAAAAUUUACCGAGUUUUAAAUUUCACACCAUUUUGCUACUCAAGAAGGGUCGUAUGAAUAAAUAGAGUUUUAAAUUGUCUACACAAUAAAAACACCCAGUGAAGCAUGAAUGGUAUAUUGCUUUUGCAUUACUGGGAGUGUCAAAUAGCAGUUAUGUGCUAGAAACCUAUGGAGCAGCCAUCCUCACAAGUGGGUGUGCUGAUUCAGACUUCCCUAUUUAUCCAUAAGAUUUUAUGUCCAGAGUUCUAAAGCCAUUUUAUAGUACUGCAGUAUCCCUUUUCUACAGCCUUAUUAAAAUAGCUACAGACAUUUAUUUUCCAGUUCAGUUUCACUUUGAUUGCAUAUCAAAAUUUUACUCUGUAGACCAACAAAACCAACUUGAGGUAAAUUGCAGAGCUUUCCAUAAAUCCUUUUCUCCUCAGGUGCUAAACAAAGGCUCCAAAAAUGGAUACUGCUUUAGUAAUGUCUGCUUUAUUCUUAAAUCUUUCUUUUGCUAGGUGUAAAGAUUUGGUGUUAACAGAAGUGGUUUAAUAUGUAAAUAUGAAUGAAUGCCUUUAGUUUGCCCCUGUUUGUCUGUUUCCUUUAUCCUCGGUGGAGGAGGAUCCUUUCAUGAUACUGAAUACAUUUCAUUAGGUAUUGUUGCAUUUUUAGGAUAAGAAUACAACCAUUUUCUGUCUUGGAUUAAUCCUGCUGCUGCUAUGAGAAACUGAAAAAUCAAGAAUGUGAUGCACUUUUUACAUUACUAUAUACCAUACCUUUAUAGGUUGCUUUGAUACCUUUCCUGUAGCACAGCCACUAACAAAAGUGAAUGGAUUUAAAAAUUCUCUUUGGGAGGGAAUCAGUACAAAUUAUUUAUGGUAUUGGCCUAUGAAGGACAUUAACUUAGGAAAAUACAAAUUCUGUUAGUAUUACACGUUUUGGCCUUAAAAUGUCUUCUACUACUGAAAAUCCUUUAAAUCUUAAUUUUGCUUCUGUUAUUCCCUCUGCCUCAAAAAGAGGAGUUGGGAAGAAUGGCUUAAAGGAAGUAGUAUCAUUGGUUUGUUGCU